GUACAUCGAAUUAAUGGUACAUAAUCCUCAGAUCCAGACCAAUGAGACGGCUAGGACGUAUACGCCGGGAAGCAGGCCCGGCAAGUCUCCAAGGCAGCCGAGACCCUAAUUCUCUUGACCGCAGCGUCACCAUGAUAGCCACUGAAUUCUCCCAACCCUUAUACAGCUGAUCCCUUAUGACAUAGCCUGAACAUCAUGCUUCUCGAAACCUAUAUAAUCUCGUUGCGGGAUGCUUUCAAAUCCUCUACUUUUCCCCACCACGCUCUUCGAUCUUCGUUCCUUCUUCAAACCCACCACCAUGAUGUUCUUCUCUACCCCCAUCCUGGCCGCAGCCUUGGCCCACUAUGCCCUAGGUUUUCCCCUCGACAACACUCCUACCCCGGUCCCAGCCCAACCUCCCGCCCCGACCAAUGCUCCGGACCAGGGCCCCAACCCUAGUGCCGCUGCCCCCGGCAUCGGAGCCACCGUGACCAUCACUGUCUCGCUGCCCUGCUUCGGUGCCACCGCAACCCUGAACCCGACCCUGGGACUCAAUGCCCGCGAAACCGAGGCCGCAGCUGGCUCCGGCUCCAGCAUCGGCAUCCUUCCCAGCUGUCUGCCCUCUCUCCCGGGUCAGACCAAGGGUCAGGGACCUUCCAAACCAUCUUCCCCCAUUGCGACCCCCUGCAUCUUCCCCAGCGUCUCCCCCAGCGUCAUUGAUCCUGGCAACAACGGUGACAAUGACAAUGACAAUGACAAUGGCAACGGCAACGGCAACGGUAACGGUAACGAUAACGAUAACGGCAAUGGCAAUGGCAAUGGCAACGGAAAUGGCAAAGGCACCGACAACGGCGACGACAGUGACGAUGACAACGACACCGACGACAGCAGCGUCAGCAGCAAACUCCUUGUGCCAUCAAGCAGCGGCGUCCCCAUCACCAAGCCAAUCCAAUCCAAAGUUGUUACUACAUCUACUACCUCCAUCAAGGUCCAGACUUCGAUUUCCCCCUCGCUGCCCGCCACCGUCACCCCCUCCGCAACCUCCUCCCCUAUCUCCACCCCGAAGCCGAAGGUGUCUGUCUUCUCCUCCCGCGACGAAGAGGAGUUCCAGACCCAGUCUGAGACCCCCGGUGCCAGCGACCCUACCAGCAGCAGCACCAGCACUAGCACCAGCACAACUAAACCGAUCACCAAGUCUGAGGAAGUGACAGUUACGACGACCCCUACACCGAUCACCAGCAGCGCCAGCACAACUACACCGAUCACCAAGUCCGAGGAACUGAUCUCUACAAUCCCUGCCCCUACCCCCACCACCACCUCUUCAUCCUCUUCUUCCUCCUCGUCCACGUCUGGCAGCUCUACUACUACUGCUUCGGCUACACCCACAACCAAAGUCCCCAUCACCAGCACCUCUUCCACCACUUCUUCCCCCUCCACCGCCACUCCAACUACAACCAAAGCAACCUCUUCAACCAGCUCAACCAUCACCACAACCAACAAACCAACCCCCACCACUAAAUCUCUCACCGAGCGCGACGACGACCCCAACGCUCCCAUUCGAGUCCCCACCACUAUCCCAGGGAUUCUCUAAUCCAAAUAUGAUCCAGAAAAAAGGAAAAAAGGAAUAAA